AUGUACAAACCCAAGAAGCAGUACGGAUUUCGAGUUUUUGUUGGAUCUUGUAUAUUUACCACUAUAACUAUAGCGCUUGUUCUUUGGGAUGAACGGCGGCAAAGGGAGAGGCGACAAGAAGGAGUAAAAUAUCGAUUAAAAUCCAUACAACAACAACAAAAUAUGCAAGAGUACGAAGAGCAGAAACAACGAUAUGAGGAAUAUAAGAAAGCUCAUUCGUUAUAAUUACUGGUAUUAUAUUUUCAAUUGAAUCAGUAGUCUACUGGUAUCUAGUAUUUAUCGUUAGAUUGUUCAGAUUUUGACUUUUUUAGGCAGUCUACUCAGCCUUUUUUUCACUUCAGCUGCGUUAAUUCCUUGUUGAAAUGCUUAUAAAAUGUUUGACAUAAAUGCGUUCAACUUCUCUUGGGGUUUCUGAGAAUAUGGUAACACACCUUUCAUUCUGUCCUUCUUGUCUGUCU